AUGAUGAACACCGCGGCGGGGAUGAAAAAUCUCUUGGCGGAGCUGUCGAAGAUGAAGGACAACGUGAUGAACCUCGGGAAAAAACUAUUCGACGCCGUGUUCACGCGCGAGAAGAAAGUCGACUGCCUCAUGCAACAGAAAUACGGCGCCGAGAUCGAAGAUCGUUUGGGGCCUGACGCGCCGGAAAAGGCUUCGCUCGGUUCCGCGUUCACGGAAGUCGUCGACUGGGACCUCGUCCGCUCGAUCAUACGCUCGGACAUCAGAGACGAGCCUUUGUCCGAGGACGCGGUGAGAGCGCGGGAGAGACACGAAGCCAUGCCGACCGCGCGACUCGGUUGGAAGUUUUUCGCGGACUGCGACGAUUCGACCGAUGAUCUCCAGAACGAUCUCGCGUGGGGGUACGAAAAUGGUGCCACUUGGGAUGCCGAUGAAGGUGAGUAUAAGUCCGGUGAGUAUGGGAUGCCGUGGCCGGAAAAAAGGAAGAACGAAUCUUUCGCGCCCUGGAGGUGAAAGCCGGGAUGGGAUUGGGCGUCAGACUUUGUAUCCGAAAGACGCCAAUCGAUGUGGACACGGCGGCCUCGAAGGAUGCGUGCCCGACCGAGAAACUUUUGGAGAUACCCAGCGGCCUCUUGAAGUCCAUCGCAUCGAUGGCAUUCGACGCGUUCAUCGCCGCGAUCUCGCCGGUGUUGGACCUUAUCGCGUUCACUAUCAACGGUUUCCUCGAGGGCGUCGAAUGGUUAUGGGCGAAGAUCAGGUCCUUCACGUGCU